AUGAUGGCAUCAGCCAGAAGAGUGCAUAUCUUGCCUGGUGGCAGCCUUACUCAGAUGACCGCGAGCAGAGCGCGGCCCUCCACUGCACGCUUGUCGACUUGUGCGUCGACGUCUUCGCCCAAACAUCUUGAAGUCACCAGGACUUACUCGCGCCAACGGGACGCCAAGUUAGCCAGUGCCAGCAGCGGCUCCUUCCGACAAAUACCGGUCCGGUGUUCAGAUCGGAGCCCGCAAAUUUCGCGGUUCAGCACCAAGGGGCAACAAACGUCAAAUCCCACGAUCCACGAUGUGUUUGAAAGCAAAACUGGCUCCUGGCAGUACAUAGUCGCAGAUCCAGACACCUCAGUGGCGGUCAUCAUUGACCCUGUCCUGGACUAUGAUCCCAUCAGCCACAAGGUGGACACAAAAUCGGCCGAUGAACUGUUGGCGAUAGUCAAGGAUAAGGGCUACAAAGUGGAUCGCAUACUAGAGACGCACGCCCAUGCAGAUCACAUCACUGCGGCGUCGUAUGUCCAGCGCAAGUUACAGGAGCGACAGGGACAUCGACCACCCAUCUGUAUCGGAAGUCGAAUUGGCCACGUUCAGGAUCGCUUCUCUACGCGUUACAGCGUCCCGCCGGAAGAGUACAGGACUGUAUUCGACAAGCUCUUGGACGACAAUGAAGAGUUCUCCAUUGGAAACCUGAAAGCGACUGCAGUCCAUAUUCCCGGGCACACACCCGAUCACAUGGGUUAUAAGAUUGGCGACAACGUCUUCACUGGCGAUCUUAUCUUUUACAAAGACUUGGGUACGGCACGAGCAGACUUCCCGGGCGGGAGCGCUUCGCAGAUCUACCAGUCGGCUCAGAAAAUACUCAGCAUGCCCGACCACGUUCGCGUAUGGGUGGGCCAUGACUACCCUCCUGACGGACGAGAGCCAAAGUCUUCAAUGACGGUGAAGGAACACCGUCAGGAAAACAAGCAUCUCAAAGAGGGUAUGACGGAAGCCGAAUUCGUGAAACUUCGACAGGAGCGCGACGCUCAGCUAGCCGCUCCAAAACUCCUGCAUCAGUCGCUGCAGAUGAACAUUCGAGGAGGGAAGUUGCCGCAGCCGAACCAGGACGGCCAACGAAUGCUCCACGUGCCUCUUAAACUAGGGCAGCUUUCGUGGUAA